UACCCCACCUCACCACUCACUCUUGAACAAAGGGGGUAAUAGAAACACCUACCUCAUGGGUUUAUCAUGAGGGCAACAUUAAUAAUCUGAGAAAGUGCUUAGUGCAGUGCCUAACCAGUGCACCUCCCGAACCAGCUCAGUAUAGUAGCUAGUGUUGAUUAUUACAUUAUCUUCCCAGGCUGGCCUGCCACCACCUCCAGUUCACCAAGUCCAAGUCUGACCUCAUCCCCCCACCGCCUCUCCAUCUCCAGGGCAUCAGGCCAAGACCUGCAGCCAUUUAGUCCCCUCCUCCCGCAGUGGCCAGCCAGUCCCCAGAUCCUGUCAAUUUCUCCAGUUCUACAUCCUGAGUAGUUCUUAUUGUGAUCAUAGAUCUUCAUCCCCCCACCCCCACCCCCACCCCCUCUCAACAGCCUCCUGAGGGAUGCCCCAGCCUUCAAGCUGCCUUCUCCAAGGAGCCCAGGGGUUUGUCCUAAAAUGCGAAUCUGAGCCCCUCCCUCAUCUGUUACUUUUCUCCCUAUGGCUGGUAGGAUAAAGUGCAAGCCCUGCCUUCACCACUACCCCGCUUCUGACACAUCCAUCCCCUAACUCUCCUGCACCCCGCACCCCCAGCCAAGCCCCACUAGCACAUCUGCCCUCCCUGGCCUGAAGAAGUAGCCAGCACAUCACCUCCUCCAGGACUCCUCCCGGAUCACUUACACACACACACACACACACACACACACACACACACUGCCCUCCCAGCCCGGAGACUGGGUGCCCUCCAGUGUGCUCUCCCAGGGCUGAAGUGUCCUCUGUGAACCAGGGCUUACAGCACCCGGGCUCCUUAGGGCCCCCGGACUUGUCCAUCCACCCUGACAAUGCCACAAGCCCCGAGGGCCUACACCGGAUGGGUCCUGUUCCCCUUGGUUCCCUUGGGCCUCGGCACACCCGACUGCUCUGUUGACUGCUUGAAUCAGGAACCCUCACAGAUCUUGCAGAGGAGGCAGAAGCCCCGUGAGUCUUAAGAUGGGGCCACCUCUCUGGCUGCUCUCACCUGCCCGACUGCCACCGGCUGGCCGAGGAGUAGCGGCAGCUAGAAUCCUCUCGCCCGGCCUCGGCGCGGGGCCGCCUCCCCCCUCCCCUGUACUCCCGCCGCCUCCGCCCCUCCCUCCCUCCCGUUCUUUGUCUCCCGGGCGCCUGGCCUCCCCGCCACGCGCCCCCGCAUCGCCCCUUCCCCGGUGAACCCAGCGGAUCCCCGCGGAUACGACGCUACGAGUAUCCGCCUGCCAGGCGGGGGACCCCGCGUCCGGCUGGGCCUGGCGAGCGGGCGGGGCGGUCGUUCCUCUCUCUCUCUCUCACUCACACACGCACGGAGCAUCCUCCCGUUAGGUCUCCUGGUCCAGCCCCGCCCGCCGCACCUCCUGCUUCCUGCAAACCUUCUCCUUCUCUCUCCGAACUCCACUCCCCCCACAUACCCUCCGACUCCAAGACCCCCCUCGCCGACCCCUACCCCUACUCCCGGGAUGGAGUGGAUGGAGCCAGCCCAGAGCCCCCCGCGGCCGGGGUGACAGUCCUUCACCCAUCUCCCGCCUGGCCUCCGCCCCCAGCACCAUGGGCCUGAGGGGUUCCCGAGACGCCGGACGCUGAAGAUGACAGAUGCUGGAGCUCUCUUGAGUCAUGGCUUCUUCAAAGCUCCGAGAACCUGCGGAUGAGGUUUUUGACCUGGACUUGGCUGUACCAGAGACCGUCAGACUGGACAGCAGUUUACACAAGGCCCGGGCCCAACUACUGGCCAAGGGCCGGAGACACCGGCCCUCCCGCUCGAGGCUUCGGGACAGUGCCAGCUCUGCAGAGGAUGGUGAAGGCUCCGAUGGGCCCGGAGGCAAGGUGACCGACGGCUGCGGGAGCCCUCUGCACCGGCUGCGCUCGCCUUUGCAUUCGAGCCCAGGGUCCCCGGCCGGGGGCUCCUUCUGUCUGGAGCCUCCCGGGUUGCGGCGCAGCCUGGACGAGGACGAGCCGCCCUCGCCGCGCACACGCUACCGGCCCCUGCACAACGCCGCCUCGCACACUGGGACACACAAAAGAGCAAGCAGAUGCAGUCCUCCCAGGUUGCCUGAUUCUAAGUCUAGAGAAUUUCUACCACCUCACUGGCAGCUGAAGGAGGCAGACAAGCCACCACAUGGGCUAUUUCCUUCCUUCUCUUCCUCAAAAGAUGACAGCCGGGAUGCCAGCCCACCUGAGCCCGCCAGCCCUACCAUUGGCUUGGAUAAGAAGACUCGCCGAAAAUUCCUGGACCUGGGGGUCACCUUACGCCGAGCAUCCACUAGCAAGAGCCGGAAGGAGAAGGGCAGCAACCGCUUGUCCAUGGGCAGCAGGGAGUCGGUGGAGGGGUCCAGCAGAUCAGGGGGCUCCCCGUUCCUGCCCUUUUCCUGGUUCACAGACAGUGGCAAGGGCUCCGCGUCCUCUGGCAGCACCACCUCCCCGGCCUGCUCCCCUAAACACGAGGGCUUCAGCCCUAAGAAGUCAGCUUCUCAGGAAUCCACCCUGAGUGAUGACUCCACACCCCCCAGCAGCAGCCCCAAGAUCCCCAGUGGUCCCCGGCAGGCGACCAAGUGUUCCUACCCCUACCACACACUGUCCCAGUCUUCGGAUGAGUUCCUGGAUGAACCUCUCCCCACUGUCUACCACUGGACCAGUCAGCAGGUAGGCCAGUGGCUGCACAGCCUCAACCUGGAGCAGUAUGCCGCUGAGUUUGCUGCGCGGCAGGUGGAUGGGCCACAGCUACUGCAGCUGGAUGGAAGCAAACUUAAGAGCCUGGGGCUCAGCAACUCGCAUGACCGGGCGCUAGUGAAGCGGAAGUUGAAGGAGCUGGCGGCGGCCGCUGAGAAGGAGCGCAAGGCCCAGGAGAAGGCUGCGCGGCAGCGUGAGAAGCUCCGGCGCAGGGAGCAGGAGGCCAAGAAGAGCUAGGGGGGUGGGGCGGCGCUGGCACCUGGCACGGGCAGCUGUUGGGCCCCACGGGCACAGGCCACCCCGGGAGGCGGGGCCAGGGCACCAGGCUUGGGCUGGUCAGGCCCCUUGCUCUCAGGAGGAACACGCCCUCUCACCCUGUCAUCUGUCUGGACCCAGGUCCCUGAGAAAGGGAGACCCCAGGGAAAGUGCCCAGUCAUAAAUCCCAUUU